UUAUAGCCGGGGGGAUGUGAAGCAGCUGACUGAACUGGGAGGAGCUGUUCCUUUUUUCAGGCAGUUCAUUCCUGUGUUUUCGGCUACGUUUUGACAAUAAUAUCGUCUUUGACCCAAAUAAAGUGGGAUAUCAAAAACGUAUUAUACCUGUUGACGUUUUGGGGAUUGACAAAUUCGUUUCAAUCACAAUGAGAAGCUGGAAGAAUCACGUGCGUGGUGAACUGCAACAGAGAGACCAAACUGAGAAGCUGCCUUUCAUCGGUGUGUUCACGAGCUUGUCUCGGAUGGAGGAACGGUUUGAUUUUCGCAAAACAUGUUUGGAUGAUGUUCAAUCUAAGAGUUUAGACCGAGGUGGACGUGAAGUUGGGAAAGACACCAGACUCCUUCAACUCCAACUGAGGGAGAGUGAACACCUGGCAGAAAAGCUCUCUCAGACCGUCUCUGACCUGACCACCGUUCUGUAUCUGAAAGAGGCUGAACUGCAGUACUGGCAGUCACGUGUGUCCCACUUCCGCCAAGAGGCCCUUUCUCUGGCUAAAGGGAGUAACACCAUGAAGGCGACUCUAUCCGAAUUUGAGUACACCGUCGAGUGUCAAUCCAAAGAGUUGGCAGCCCUGCGGACGGAGCAGAAAGGAAUAAAUCAGGCUUUGGAACAGGCCUGCAGAGAGAAAGAAGAACUCUUACGGCGCUGGAUGGAGGAGAAGAGGGAGGAGGCAGACAGGUUGAAUAAGUACAACGCUGCACAGGAAAGGUGGCAACGUUUUGCCAAACAGCUGAAGAAGGACCUCCAUAAUGCAAGGACAAAAGAGUUUGUUCCCACUCUGACAAGCUCUUGGUGUGGUGAAGCAGAAAUGCCUACAUCAGUGAUUCAGAGGAUUAAUAAUACAUACCGGGGACACUCAGAACACAACCAUGUCUAAACUGUGACCCUAGUUGAAUAUUCCCUCUGUAUCCUGGAAAUGACAGUUAUCAGCACGAUUACCUCAAUGUGAAUUUCCCUAUUCUACAUUUGCUUGCAGUUGAAAGAUAAUUGUCCUAUUAUGUAAUGCCAAAAAGAAUAACUCCUGUUUUAUUUGACUGAAAUAUAUUUAGAAGUCCACCAUAUUCUGUAAAUAUAUUGUUGGAUUAAAACUUGCUUAAUUGUCUAGUUUUACAUUGUUUCCUUGUUCUACAAUCCCUCUUUCCCAAUGUAUCAGAUGUAGAAUUUUACCUCAUUGAGACUCUUCACUAAAGGAUUUUAAAAAUCCCUGUUGUACCAUCUCAGGUGAUAAACCACACUGAAACUAUGCUAGUUUAGUUCUCAUCAUUCAAAUCAAGGUCUGGUGUUCUACAGUCGGGGCUUAGUGUCAGUCACUGUGGGCCUAUUUUAACUUUUACAUAAUGUUAAUUUCAAACAAAAUCAUUUUAAUUUCCUAUGUCCAAAAGUGUAUUUGAAAGAAAUUGAAUAAUCUGGGAUUGUACAUUUGUUUUUUACACAUUUAAAAAAUUACUUUGAGAAAUUAACAUUUCUUAUAAAAAAAAUCCCAGAAUAAACGUUAUUUUAUAUUAUAUUCUAAUUGUUGUUUUUGUAAAUCCAGAGUUGUAACAAAUAAAGUCACGUAUAUGCUAAUUU